GUAUUUACAUAAUUAAUUUAAUUAUUGUAAAAUCCCAACAAUAUUUGAAAAUAACCCUAUAAUACGCUCUUUAAUUUUGUUUUUAUCAAAGUUUGAGAGUUGAAGUACAAUAGUAAUAUAUGCCUUAUUAUGUUACCUACUUGUUAUUUAAAAAUGCAUGUUCAGUAAGAAAUUACCAGCUUUCAUAAAUUGGAAAAUUUUGUUUGUGAGCUGUUGGAUUUUCAAUAAUUAUCAUAAUCAAUCGACCAUAUCUAGCAUCGGAAAUCGUCAGAGCGAUACAGUGCAACUGAUAUCCGUUGGGUGCUUUCUUUUUCUUUUACAUUUUGAUUUUGAGUUUGGUUCUCUAUUUUUUAUAUAUAUUUUGAUUUCCAGUUGUGUUCUCUCUUUUUUUUGGGAGCUUCAAUUUUAGAGAUCUGUUUUUUUACAUUUUGAUUUUCCAUUGUUUUCUCUAUUUAUUUUUUGAGCUCCAGUUUCAAAAACCCGCUCAAAAGCAUCUGGGCUCUAGACUUGAAUUGUUGAUUGUUUUUCUCAAAAGAAAGUCUUGGCCCUAUUAUUUCUUUUGACAGCUAUUUUUUUUCCACUAUAACAUGUAAUUAUUUAUUUUCCAAUUUAUGGUAUUUCUCCUAGUUUUUCCUAAAUUUUGUGUAGUUUUGUGUUUCUCUGUGUCAUGUUUAUUCUAGGGGUAAUAACUUUUGAGAUCAUCCGAAGGAUUGAGGUGUUCUUAAUUUAAUUUAUUGACUAUACUUCUAUGAGCUUGGAAGUAUCUAGAGGAUUGUAACCAGGAAAGCAGAGCGUAGCUAGCUGGCUAGCUGUAGGCUGCAUCUUCUCUUUGUUCCACGUGUCAGCAUUUUGUAGGUCCAUGUGGACUAAUCAGGUAGGGGAAGACUGGCCAGCUUGAGAAGUUACUGUUAUGGUUGUCAGCAUUAUUUUGUUAUGUUGAGAAAUGUAUAACCAUGAAACUGUAUGUUUCUUACAUUUGAGUGAAUCUAUUGUUUUUCUGUGGUAAACAUCGUUAUGCUAAUCUAAGCUAGUUUUUUCCUCAGUAAGCAUAUGUCAUAUUUCUAUCUUUUUGCCUGAAUUUGUAGAUGAUAGUGGCCGUUCAGCAAAAUGUGUGGAUAUGUGACCUUAUGCUCAAAUUAUGCAGAUAUUGGGCAGUGGCAUGUCAACAAAGAUGUGGGAGGUCACAGUUGAGCAUUCAAAAACCUGUAUUCUCCCUGACAAGGUGCAUUUGUACUAUCCAGACAGCCUAAGCAAAACAGCAGUCGUGUUCAAUGUUGUUGGAGAAGUGAGAGGGUUAAUAUCUGAGAAGUUUGUUUGUGCUGAUGAUCUUAGAGAAAAGGAGAAGGCUGAAGCAUAUGCAGCUGUGAAGCAAGCGUAUGAAAAUUGGAAGAAUGUCUUCACCUGUGACAAUGAAACACUUCUGGCAAAUCCUUCACAGCUCCUUGAUGUGAGAACUACGUCAUUGCAUGAAAAUGACUAUGACCAGUUUCCUACACAAGUUUCUACCGAUGGUUUUGGUUUGAGCCAGUCAAGCAUACCAUCACCUGACAUUUUCUCAAUUGAUCCCUCGAGUGCAUUGGAUCCUUGUCCAUUGGAAACUGCAGAAAACAAUGAAAAUCAAUAUCAGUCAGAGUUACCCCCACUUGGUGGCCAUGCACCACCGCAAGUAUCACAGACAGUGGACAAGUUCUCAAAUUCUUUGGUUUAUGAGGAUUGCACCAGUCACCCCUCAUUCAGUGAAGAUUACUAUCGUUGUUCAGAUCCAUCUGUAUCCUUUGACACACAAGACCUUGGAGCUGCAUUGAAAGGCUUCAUUGCAACGAUAUCUAAGCCCAAGGCGUAUAGAGGAUGGAGGACAUUGUCUUAUGUUAUAGGAUGGAUAUUCUACACCAAGAAGAUUGUUGCUAUGAAAAGAAAUGAACAUGGGAAAUAACGUUUUCGUUCACAUGUUUAUUCCUGUGGUUGUUUAGUUAAACCGUGAAAUAUAUAUAAGCGGAGAAAAGGAAAUCAUGUACAUACGAGUUUGGCAGUCUUGAAAUCUUUUUGGGCACAGCUGGCACGCUCUGCUGGUUUAUGAGCUACAUCCAGCAUUUUUUCAGCAUGAGCAUUCAGCAUUGCCUGUAAAUAAUCAGAUGAAGUUUUGUGAAUAUAAUCCGUAAAUAUUUGUGGAUGGUUAUCUUCAGCUAGUUCUUUGAAUUUUGGCGACAA